AUGAGGGGCGCUUCGGACUGGCACGACUGGGCUAACGACGCCAUCGACGUCAUGAACGUUGCGUGCGCCCCUGGGGCUCAGCCGUCCGCCGUCGGGAUCUCCGAAGGCCAGCGGGCGUCUCUCGAGCGCGUGCAGUCUGCUUUCACCAGCCUGAUCUCGUGGCCCGACGUCUGCGACGACCCCGUGCCGCUCACGAGCGUCGUCGCUGGCCCGGACGCUCAGCGGCUUGGGGCCUGGAGCUCGAGGAUGCUGCGUGAUCGGGGCGAGGCAGAUGCCCUCCUGCAGCAGGUUUGCCCUCGCGGGCCAUACGUGGACCCGCACCUCUCUUUCUCGCCGGCGACUUACGCCGACUUCCUUGCUCAGAUGCUGAAGCGCAAGAUGAUCUGCUUCCAGGCGGAGGACCCCAAUAUCAAGCCGAUAGGUGUCUUCUGCGUGGCACAGAAGAGCAACCGUCUGAGACUGAUUUUUGACACGCGCACGGCCAACGCCUACUUCUCGGACCCACCGGCCACCGCGCUGCCCAGCGCCGCCGCCUUCGCCAAUUUGGAGGCGCCAGGAGGCCGCGUGGUCAUCGCCGCGGGCAACAUCGACAACGCGUUUUACCGCCUCAAGAUGCCGGACGGUCUCUGCAGCUACUUCAGGCUCCCGCCGAUCGACAGGCGCCACCUGGAGGCUCGCGGCAUAUCAGGGCUGCCCAGCGGGGGCCGGCUGCAGGCGUGCCUCGUCGUGCUGCCCAUGGGUUUCUCUUGGGCGCCCCACUCGUGCCAGCUGGCCCUGAAGACGGCCGUGGCGCGCACAGGGGUGCCUGCCCAGCUCAUCAUCGAGGACGGGCUCCCGGGCGUUGUCUCGGGGCCUGACGCUGAAGCUGAGCCCGCCGCCGCCGGGUACGUCGACAACUAUCUGUCGGUCGGCGCGGGCGAGGGGCGCGUCGACCAGGCCCUGGACCGCAUCGCUGGAGCACUGGAGCCUGCUGGCCUGCGCGUCCACGCGCCUGAGCGGGCUGCGGAGUCCUGCAGUUUCUUGGGCAUGGAGCUGCGGCGCGGUCGCUGGCUCGCCAUCAAGGGGCGGUCCGUCUGGCGGCUCAGGUUCGCCAUCGAGGAGCUGCUGCGGCGCGGGCGCGCAUCGGGCCACCUGAUGCGCGUCGUGUUCGGCCACCUGACCUGGUCCUCGAUGGCGAGGCGCGAGGCGCGAGGGAUUCUCAACGCCACCUACGCCUUCAUGGCAGCCGCCGGCGCGGAGGCGCAGUCGCUGUGGCCCGCGGUUCGCACGGAGCUGUGGCGCGCCCGCUGUCUGCUGCUGUUGCUGGUCGCCGACCUGGCGGCGCCUUGGGCUUCGCGGCUGGUGGCCAGCGACGCGAGUGAAGAGGGUCUCGGGGUGCGCCGCCGGCAGGCUCCGAAUGACCUCAUCGCCCGCUGCGGGCGUCAGUGCGAGCGGCACGCCGGACGACGCCCCGCCACGAAGGAGCCCAUGGAGAUCUCCCAGAGCCCGACGAGCCCCGUGAAGGACCCCUCCCAUGACCUCGGCACGUUCGGCGUCUCGGAGGAACCGCCGCCCCGCGCGCUGGCGCGGCGGCGGCUGGCGGCCGGGCAGCCGCGGGUCCUGUGGAGGCCCGCGCGGCGCUCGGCGCUGGCGGCGUCGCAGGCGCGGGAGCGCCGCGCGGCCCUCGCCCGGCGCCCGCUGGCCGAGCGGCCGCCCCUGGGGCAGCUCAGCGCGCUGGAGACCAUGGCGGUGCGCUCCAACACGGAGUCGCAGCACCGCAGGGUGCUGGAGGAGCUCGUGGCGUUCUGCCAGCCGAACCGCGUGGAUUGGAGUGACUUCGGGCAGCUGGACGCCACGGCGACCAGGUCGAUCGCCUGGCAGCGGAGGGCGCCCGCCAUGACGAGGGCGCCGCUGCCAUGCUUCGCGGCCGCUGCGACGGCAGGCAUGCUGGCCAUGAGCGGCCGCCGGCGCAUGGCGAUCUGGAUCUUGCUUACGUUCAGCUGCUACCUGCGACCGUUCGAGGCGCAGGGGCUGCGCGGGCUGUCGCUGGUCCGACCCGCGGAUUUGGCGGCCUCCUCCGCGGGGAGCUGGGCCCCCCUCCUGCAUCCCACCAGCGGAGGCCGCCCAGGCAAGACGGACUUGUACAACGAGAGCGUGGUGAUCGACUUGGACCUGCACCUCUGUGAGCAGUUCCGCGAGAUCGCGAGCCGGCUCCAGCUUCAGGCCCUCGACCCGACGCUCUACGCGCCGCGGCGCGGCGGAGCGAGCUGGGACUUGCUGGAGGGCCGGCGGACGCUCGAACAGACGCAACGCCACGGGCGCUGGGCGUCGCCAGGCAGCAUGAAGCGGUACGCCAAGGAGGCCUACUUGCAGGAUGCCAUGACGCGGGUGCCAGAGUGGGCAUUCGUCCUGGACAGAGUCGCACACGCCAACUUGCGCGAGAUGGUCGAGCUGGGGCCUGGCCUGCGGCAGCAUCCGCGCCUGCGACAGCAGCUGCCCGCGCCCGCGCAGGCGCUGAUCGAGGCAGGGCUGCCGCAGCUUCGGCAGCGCAGGUUCGGCGGCAUCUGA